AUGUCUCCUUUCGCUUUCUUGUUGCUCUGCAUCCAAGCUUGCUUGAUCCAGAAUGCGUACAGCGCAUGCCUUGGAGCCGGACUCGGUCUGGGCUUCGCUGACGGAUGGGCUGGUGAAUGUGGCCGCGGAUACGGACCCGGCUACGCCACCGAAUUCGGCUACGGACCCGGACUUGGAUUGGGCUACGAAAACGGACUUGGACUUGGACUUGGACUUGGUUACGGACUCGCUGGUCCUGCUGGCAUCGCUGGCCCAGCUUAUGGAGGCACCGGCGUUGGUGACAUUGCCGUCGCUGGCGAGAUGGGAGUCGCGGGUACCACCCUCGUCGCUGGACAGGUGCCAAUCCUGGGCGCUGUCAGAUUCGGAGGUGAUGUGCCAGCUGGUGGUGUUGUCUCCAUCGCCGGCAGCUGCGCUGGAGGCUGCGGCUGCAACGGCGCUUACAACGCCGGUUACCUGUACUAA